UGAUUUUACAUUAUUCUUUGACUAAACCUUUGCCAGAACUUCCAUUCGAGAAAAAGUCAGAGCAGAGUUCAGAUCGAAGCGAGAAAAAAGGAAGAAAAAUUUUAUCAAGAGUCAACUAGAGUCAACAAUCAAGAUGGAUGCUUUCUGCGAAUGUCUGUCGGGUGUGAUCAAGUCCGGAAGGUACUUCGUGGGCGUCAAGGAGACCCUGAAGGCCGUGAGCAGCGGUGAAGCCAUGCUGGUGAUCAUCGCCAGCGACACGAGCGUCGGACUGAAGACCGACGUCGAGAAGAAGGCCAAGAAGGGAAAAGUGGAGGCGCUGGUCUUCGCCGGCAGCAUGAAGGAGAUGGGCCGCGUCUGCGGCAAGUCCUUCAAAGUGAGCUGCAUGGCCAUCACUGAUCAAACCGCUGCUGCCGUCAUCUGCUCUAUGGUCGAUGGCGCUUAGUUGAUAGUUCCAUAGUUUCCAUUCAAUCGAAUAAAUGCCUGGGCAAUAA